AGCAUGCCCGGUUCGCGCACGCUGAGGGGUGGGGCCUCCUGCUGACGUGAGCCACCAGCGGCUCCGGGGUGGGGCGGGGGAGACCGAGCCCCGGCGGUGACGCUGUCCGGGCUCCAUGAAGCUGCGCGGCAGGCCCGGCCUGGCGGUUGCCAUGGGCAGCGCGGUAGUAGCGCUGCUGGUUUUCUAUUGCGCGCUCUCGGGAUCCCAGGUAUUAAGAGCAAUUGCUUUUUACUCCCCUGGGAGGAUAGAACAACAGCUUUACAAGCUGGAUGUAGGCUGGCCUAAACGUCCAGAAUAUUUCACUGGGCAAACAUUUUGUGUUGCUGUUGACCCUCUCCAUGAUCUGGUCUAUGUUGCACAAAGAGGGGCUAAUGUACCAAAGGUACUAGUGUUUUCAGAUGAAGGAAAUUUCCUGCAUGCCUGGAAUUCCACAGUUGAAAUGCCUCAUGGUAUCUUUGCAGUCAGCACCCCUACAGAUACCUCAAUAUGGAUCACAGAUGUUGGAAGUGGGGAGUAUGGGCACACAGUUAAACAAUACAGUCCUUCUGGUAAACUUAUGCAGAUCCUGGGUACUCAAGGUAAAGCUGGCUCAGGUUUAAAUCCGCUGCAGUUCGAUCAGCCAGCAGAAAUAUUUGUGGAACAAACAGGGGAGAUCUACAUUGUGGAUGGAGAUGGAGGGAUGAACAACAGAUUAUUCAAACUGUCCACAGAUUUCCAGGAGAUAUGGCUGCGUGGGGAAAAUGGUACAGGUGUUGGUCAGUUCAAGAUUCCUCACAGUGUCACAGUGGAUUCUGUUGGACGGGUGUGGGUUGCUGACCGAGGAAACAAACGAAUCCAGGUUUUUGAUAAAGUCACAGGGGAAUGGCUGGGGUCCUGGAGUAGUUGUUUCGUAGAAGAUGGUCCCUCUUCUGUCAGAUUAACUACCAAUGAGGAAUAUCUAAUUGUAGCUCAGCUGAAUAUUAACAGAGUGUCUGUCUUGGCAGCACCACCGAUAGGAUCCAUUGGAGAUUGCCAUGUGGUAAACACAAUCCAGCUAGCUGAUGAGGUUAAACCACACCUUGUGGAUGUAAAUGUGAAGACUGGAGCAAUUUAUGUUGCAGAAAUUGGUGCACAACAAGUACAAAAAUAUGUACCCUUAAACUAAUGGUUUUCUUUGGUUCAUUCAGCACAAGCCAUUUCUUCUGGAUUGCAAGAUCUGUGCUGGAUUUCCUUACAUUCAUUGCAGACUGUGCUUCCACUCAUAAGCACAGCAUG